AUGUCAAGCCUUUGGGCGUUGUUAUUUUCAGCUGUCGUACUACCAAAGGCCGCAGAGGCUCAGAACAAUGUGCCUGCGGUCCAGCUCCCCAUCAUUCCGCCACCCGUACCCUUGGAUGAACCGGAGUUGUCAUCCGAACCACAUGAGUUUUCUCUCCGGCAUAUAUUCCACCGAGGAGCAUACCAACACCCCGAGCUACAUGCCAGGCUCGAUGUCAACCCCAACACCCGCCUGUGGACAUUGUCCGAAGAUGGCACCGACCGGGAGCCUAUUUUGAGCGAAGGCCCCCUGAUAGCCUCAUCAUCUCCCAUCACGAUACAGCGACUGGCGGAUCGACGUCUAUCUGUGGUUGAAGGUCAUUUGUCGUUUGCCCGAGAAUCGGGCAUAGCAGCAACGUCAUCGCCAGCGGAUUGGGUGAUGGACACACUCCCGGGUCCAAAUGUCACGGACAAGCAGACGGUGUUGACCUUUGCGCAAAUGACGGCGAAUGAUUAUAUUGAGGAGCCUGGCACGGCAGACUGGCAGACUAUCCACGGAAGGUUCAACUAUUCCAACAGCUUCGGGUGGCAGAAGGACGGCCUUCGAGGACACAUCUAUGCCGAUAAAACCAACAGCACUAUUGUGGUUUCAUUGAAAGGCACAUCUCCUGCUCUCUUUGACGGAGCCGGCACCACCACAAAUGACAAGACAAAUGACAACCUUUUUUUUAGUUGCUGCUGUGGCCAGGGAGGCUCGUACCUCUGGAGGCAAGUCUGUGACUGUCAGAGCGCCACCUUUACCGCCAAUUUGACUUGCAUCGCGGAGGCGAUGGAUGACGAGAACAAAUAUUACAGAGCUGCCAUUGAUCUCUACUCCAACGUCACUGAGAUCUACCCCAACGCAGAUGUCUGGCUGACUGGGCAUUCGCUGGGCGGCGCUAUGGCCAGUCUUUUGGGGUUGACCUUUGGCCUCCCGACCGUCACAUUUGAAGCAAUUCCCGAAGCCUUGCCCGCAGCUCGACUCGGUAUUCCCAGCCCACCGGGCCAUGACCCUCGUCUUCCACAAUCGCGGGGCUUCACGGGAUCCUACCACUUUGGUCAUACCGCCGAUCCCGUGUACAUGGGAACCUGCAAUGGCAUCAAUUCCCUUUGUACAUGGGGUGGCUAUGCGCUGGAAUCUGCCUGCCACACUGGUCAGAUGUGUACCUAUGACACGGUGGGGGACAAAGGCUGGCGGGUGGGCCUUGGCACCCAUAAGAUCCAGAAUGUCAUCUCGGACGUCAUCAAGGUUUACGAUGAUGUGCCGCCGUGUGCACCGGAGGAGGAGUGUUACGACUGUGUCCUUUGGAAGUUUUUCAAGAGCAAUGGCUCUGAAAUUACUACCACAACGACAACGACUAAGGCCACUCCAACCCUUACCAGGACAUCUACAUGCAAGACUCCGGGUUGGUGGGGCUGCCUGGACGAGUCAACCACAGCCACUACUACGAUAACAAGCACAACCAUCUUAACUACCACCACAUCGACCUGCAAGACUCCCGGCUGGUUUGGCUGCAAUGAUCCAACAACCACAAGCGCCUCUAUAACGUCCACCUCCACUUCCACGUCGACUUCCUCUACUUCCUCGUGCAAAACUCCCGGUUGGUUCGGCUGCCAUGAUUCCACGUCUACCAAUGUCAUGGUCACGCCAGCGCCCACUAUCACCACGCCGGCCUCAUCGUCAGCUUCGGCAACUUGCCAUGAUCCAGGCUGGUUUGGCUGUCGGGAUCCUAUCUCCGAACCAACACCCACUCACGAGUGA